CUGAAAUGUCAAAUGUCUACAAAUUACAACAAUAAUAAACACGAUGAAAUUCAAUAGAAACGACGCGAAAAAUAAAUAAUUUUGGCAAUAAUGGAAUUGUUUCGAUCAGAUCAAUAUUAUAUAUUUGUUAGAAACGAGUCAAGUUUGUGGUGGAACCGGUUAACUGGGGCUUUUUCAGUCAAAUCAGCAUGGGACCUCUCAGAUAUCGAAGAUAUAGAAUGUCUGGGCAUAACAGAGGGCAUUUUAGGCAAGGUGGAGCAUUCCAAUAUAUUCGAACCGCGUCUAAUGAUCAUAAAGGAGAGUGUGCCCGUUGGUCAAAUUUAUUUUCAUCACACAAUUUAUAAAAUUAAAUCGAUAUGUUUCCUGAAUAUGGGUGUGACAAAUCAAGAAGUAGAGUUGUGUCCGUGCACAAAACAUGGGUCCUCGAGCUCUGUUGCUAGUUCAGGGAGAUCAAUCAACAGAAAAAUGGGAGGGCGCCUGUUUGAGAACUCUGCAUUUCUGAAUAAAACAGUUGGUGCGGUCAAAAACGUCAGUAAUACCAUCAAAACUACUACUCAACAAGCUGCUACACAGGUGAAACAAACAGUGAAAAAGCAAAGAGAUCCAAAAUUAGCCGAACGGUUUGAGAAACGUCUCACCGAUGAGCUCCACAAAAUCUUUGACGAUUCAGAAAGUUUUUACUACUCCCGGACUCUAGACUUGACGAACACUUUACAAAGACAGUAUGAGAUUGAAAAGAUUCUGGAAACCGAAGAAGGGACAGGGAAACCAGUUACGGACAUCACAAGAUGGUGGAAACAUGUUGACGAUAGAUUCUUCUGGAACAAACACAUGCUAAAAGACAUCAUUGCAUUAGAGAGUCCCAAAUGCGAUCAAUGGGUGCUCCCCAUCAUCCAAGGCUACGUCCACCUGUCACAAAUAGCGGUGGAGCCCGCAGACAGCAACCCACUGAACACUGAGUCUCUGACCAACACUAAUUCGUGCGAUGAGACCUUUACUUUGGGCUUGAUUUCACGGCGGUCGCGGUACCAGGCUGGCACCAGGUACAACCGCCGCGGCAUCGAACCCGGUGGCAAAGUGGCGAACUAUGUGGAGACAGAGCAAAUCGUCUCCAUAGUCUGUUCCGACAGCAUUCACAGGGCUUCCUUCGUGCAGGUGCGCGGAUCGGUGCCCAUAUUUUGGAGCCAACCGGACUACAAGUUCAGGCCGCCUCCUCGCCUUGAUAGAACCGAAGAGGAAUCUCACGCAGCCUUCAAGAACCAUUUCCAGGAAGAACUGAACAUUUACAAGCAAGUGUGCAUUGUGAACUUAGUGGAGCAGCAGGGACGAGAGCGGAUCAUAUGGGAGACGUACGGCAACCAUGUGCUGAAGUAUAAUAGCCCGGAUAUUAUAUACGCUACGUUCGACUUCCAUGAGUAUUGCCGCGGCAUGCACUACGAAAACGUGAGCAUCCUUAUCAACGCGAUAGCAGACAUCAUCGGCGAGAUGCGCUUCUGCUGGCGCGAUGACCGCGGCUUGAUCUGUGCUCAGAAUGGGGUGUUUAGGGUGAAUUGCAUCGACUGUUUGGACAGGACUAAUGUGGUGCAGACAGCGAUAGCGAAAUACGUGCUAGAACUCCAGCUGUGCCGGUUGGGAUUAGGGACUCCUGGCUGCGGCCUGCCGCCGGCGCUGCGCCACGCCUUCCUCACCAUGUGGGCCGACAAUGGAGACGUGGUGUCCCGCCAGUACGCGGGGACCAAGGCGCUGAAGGGCGAUUACACGAGAACAGGCGAAAGAAAAUUCACCGGCAUGAUGAAAGAUGGCGUCGCGUCUGCUAACAGAUUCAUCAUCUGUCAUUUCAAUGACGCACUGACGCAGUGCGCCAUAGACAUCGCUCUCGGGCAGCCUGUCAAUAUGGCGGCCAUAGACGAAAUAGACGACUUUUGGCGCGAUUUAAAAACGGCGUCCAUGAUGGUAUUUGAGAAUAUGGACACUGAAAGGCCUAAGUUAGAGUUGAUGCCAAGUUACUUUGGACAUCCAUUGGCUACUGAGUUUGCGACGGCUGAAAUUGCAUACGGACUGGGGAGAUACUACCUGUCUACCUUCAAAGACGCUCUCCGUCAAGUGGCUAUAGACGUCAUGACGGGGGAGUCCCGGUCCAUCCCGGAACAACUGUACGUGCCGGACUGCGGCCGGUGCACCUCGGUCAAGGAUCAGUCGGUCCCAGACACGGCGGCCAUGGCGCAGCACGUCAAGUCGCUCAUCGACGACUGCAAGAAACUGUUGGUUGACACCGAACCCGUACUAGGCAGCUGGGGACUCAUUGACGCUGAUCCUAACACCGGCGACCCACACGAGACAGAAAUGGACAGCGUGUUAAUACUAACAAGUGACGCGUACUACGUGGCGGACUAUGACGAGACAUCAGACCGCCUGCUGUCGGUCCAACGAGUCCCGCUGGCGUCUGUCACUUGUGUGGAGCUCGGAACGCUUGAUACUAGCUCCUCCACUCUCUUCGGCGUCGGUCGCAAGUCAUCAGGCGAGCCUGUUGUAUGCAUCAGGUUCCACUACUCCCAUAACAACGAGGCGGGAUACUUCCACAUGUUCCGAUCUACAUCGCUGAGGUUCUUCAACAAUAUGGCGGUCGUUAUCAAUACCAAAGACGAGAUGGUUGAAUCGCUGCACUCUAUCUGUGAAUCUUUACUGGUGGCACGCGACGUUGCUAAACUGCCUUCAAUCCCGUUCAACGAUGGAGUCAAGUUGGAAAGGAAGAAGUCAAAGGUGCACCCAACGCAAGGCCAAUCUGGCGGAGGCAGAGCGUCCCUCUACCUAGACUUGUCGCGACUACCCACGCUGACUAGGAACGUCAGCGAGACGCAGCUGGUGGCUGAUAUACGCAGCGUCGGAUCAAAAGCCUUCAACAACAUGACAGAGCAGUUUAGCAAGCUCAACAAACUCAGUCAUUCUCUCAACGCGCUUGCACGUCCCAGCCUCCAGCUAAAGUUCGAUCAGGGAGCGUCUAGAACUAAGAAAAUAUUCACUCUUGGCCAGAAUAAAGCUGACAAGAAGAAGGGAAGCCUGUCUGAUGGCAUGAGCAGUGAUUACUCGUCCGACGAUGAGAAUAGGACUAAUAUUUUUGAACCUACGUUGGAUAAUUUUGAGAACAGUCAGCAUUAUAUUGGUAAAGUAACAUCAACAAGCCAACCCCAAGCAACAGAACCGGAAAACGAUUGCGAAUUAAUCGAGAACCCUCUCUACUCUUCCAAAAUAGAGCCGCAAGAGAAAGAGGCAGUUUUUGACCCUACCCAACUCGUCCCCACCACCAUCGAGAAACAAAACAUCAAAACCCCAAGCAACGUUAACAAAUUCAACCCCUUUGACACAGAAAUGGGUACAACCCCCGAAAUCCAAGUGGAAAGCGAAUCAUAUAAGCCAGCGCCCCCUAACACUCUAUUGCUAUCCCAAAAGUUAUCCCACAGUUCGAAUGAUAUUAACUACGAGGAUCUGCCAGAAGGGGUCAAUUUCCAUGUCAGGUCGAAUUCUCAGCAUGAGAUCACGCUGAACAUAGCUCAGUCGCACAGCGAGUCAGCGAUUAGACAGCUGAAAAAUAUCGCCAGUCCAGUUUCUAGCGCGACUAGGGAGAUGGUACUGUCGCCACUGUCGAAACUCGCUAAAGGCGUGCAGACUUUGGGCGCUAAUUUAGAUCCGAGGAAGAUAAAGGGCUCCGCUGCAGUGAAGCAUAUUUCCGAACAGCAGUACGAAGAGCACAGGCAACUCCAAGAAAAAUGGCGCGAUUGUAACACUCGCCUCGUGGCGUUGUAACGGUAGUGUUGCCACACGCUAAAAUUGUAGAAUACACAUGGUACGUUCUUUUAGUUAUCCUUGAGUCGCGUAUUCGUUCAAAUUGUAAGUUGUAGGUUUAACUUGUCACCUAAUGACAGUGUUGCCAGCCAAAUAUUAGAAUUACAGGUGACAAAAUAGAAAAGCUUUGCUUUGUAAUUGAGAAAUGGCAACAGGAUACACCACACGUAGCUGAAGUAAAUGAAAUUGCAGUAGAAAAUUGUUUAGAGAAAAAAAUGCGUUCUGAAAAUCAAUCAGAAUGAGCACUUCACUACUUAAAUGUUCUCUCCAGUGAUGAGACAUAAGCUUUAUAAGCAGAGGUCUCAGCGAUUUACAUAACUGUAUCGCAUUUUAGCUUUCUUAAAACUAAAAUUUUAAUGUUGCAAAACUUGCAGGAAUAAUAUUUGAGAUUGAGUUUUUUUUAAUAUGGCAACAUUAAAGAAGGCGUGACCUAAAACAUGGCCGCUGCCGCCACGCAUUAAAAAGUUGAGUCAGCAUCAGUUUUAGACGCACUUUUGACUGUUUGCAGAUCUUAUUUCUAGAGACAUUCACAUAAGUGUCAAAACUGUGCGUCAACUUUUGAUGCUGACCGUACCCUAUUCUGAGGGUAGAUAAUAAUCGAAUAUAAUUUAUUUUCAAAAGCGUUGUUAUUUAAAGAGCCAAAUAGAUGUCUUCUUUGAAUAAUAUUAUUGAUUCGAAUUAUGGAUAUUGUAUUCCGAAUGUUAUUAAUUGUCUAGCUUAAAACGUCAAUUAAUUACAUUAUAGUUCUUGUUUUAGCAGCUUUAGUUAAUUCGAAUAAAUAGUGAUCUUAAAGACGGUAAUAUUACAAGGAAUUGAUGUAAUGUUCCCAUAAAUUUGUGUAGUUACUAGAAGAUCAAAAACGCAGUUUAAUAAUAACCCUAUGGUUUAUCGGUUGCCUCUGUCACACGUAUAGAUUAGACAAGGAUAGAUAGAUUAAAAGGGUUUAGAGUGCGUUAAGAAUUAUCUACAUUGAUGUGUAGUCUGUGUUAGUAAAUAGUAUGCAUUCUUUUCGAUGGAAAAGUAUCAAUAUCUCUUCAAACUUGAAUUAUAACACAAUUGAAUAGAACACAAAGUCCUAUGCUAACUUUAUGGCAUUUUGGUGAUUAGGUGGUAUUGAUAUUUAAUCAUUGUUGUGUAUCAUAAAAAUGUUAUAGUUCCUUUAAUUAGGCUCUAUUAUAAAACCUAAUUUACUAUUCCACAAUUUGAUGACUAUAACCCAUUUUGAUUGUAAUAAAAUUGCUAAACGUGACAAUUUGUAUUUAAAAAUUAAUAUUAUUUUUAAGAAAUGUGUAUAUUUUGGCUUUGUUGACGCAUUUUAGGGUAGUUUGCAUUCAUCCUAUAUGUAUAAUAAUCCUCGUACCCCUGAAAUUUUAAACAUUCCUGUUAUAAUGUAGUAAUAUUUAAUCUCGUGUACAAACAUGUUUAACGAAAUUAUAACCUUGUCCACUAACAGUAUUAAAAUUAAAUGUAACUAUUGAAGCAUAGUUUUGUAUUAGAACGUGUCUAGCAAAAUAUUACUCAAAAUACUAGUGUAAGGUAAAGUAAAUACAAGUACGUUUUGCUUUCGGCAAGCUGGUGAUUUGAGUAACAAAACAUAAUUUUCGUUCAUUUUGAACCUUUUCAUCAGUAAGUUCUCUCCAGACCAAAAUAAUAGUAAAAGAGUUACACAUUAUUUAAAAAAUAUUACAAUACAUAAACAAAUUAGAUCUUUGCGACGACAUCAAAUUUUGUCUAUGGUAUUAUUCAACAAUUUUACUAUGAAAUAUUUUAAACUAUUAUGUUGCAUUUUUACUAUAACUGCGACCAUGACUCGUGCAACCGAGCGGAAACGUCGGGAGGGUAAAUAUUUUAUUUACCGUUAAAAUAGAUAUUGUUGCAAUAAAUCCCGUGAAGUGAUAAUUUUAAUUUUACUAUGAGUUAAAUUAAUCUGUAUUGAUUUCCAAUUUAAUUAGUAUAGCAAUCUUUAAGUUAAACUUUCAGUCCUUUUCAAUGUCACUAGCUUUUGUUUGAAGCAAACUGUACUAUGUAUUAAAAUGAACUAACAGUAUAAUAAAAGUACAAUAUAUUUGCCAAUAGAACGAAAAGUAUAUAAAGUUGACUAUUUUAUCCUGCGCAAGUUCUAUAAGAUAUAUUUACCGUAAUCAGAAUAGUAAACAUAUAACUUAUGUCACAAAAUAAUUAAGUUCGUAUAAACAGAGGCAUUCGCUUGAUUUACGGACGACGGCACGUCAAGCGAAACACUGUAGGACCCAUAGAGAUAUAGAGAGAUGCCAACUACUGCGCUGAGUUCGAAACUCAGUGUCGCAUUAGAAAUUCACACACAGAGUAAUCAAAAUAUGUUCUCAUUAUCCAUGCGGUAUCAGUACUCAACGUUCGAAUAAUCUUUAGUACUACGCAAGCAAUGUAAACUGUUUACUUACUGACGUCAUAAUGUAAACUGUUUACAUUAUGACGUUGCUGCUAUCAUCAUUGCUGUCACGAGCAAUGUGUUGUUUUUGGGCAUAUUGCUGCGACACCGGCCCCGCCCCCUUGUCACAUCUCCCUUUAGUUUCUGUGAUCUGUGGUAGGACCUUAUACAUGUUGUAAUAGGGGCUAUUUUGCAACGAAAAUCUCCUCCAUUAAGAGUCGAAUAUCCCCUAAAAGUAAACCAAACAGUAUUGGAAAAUAAUUGAUUGAUAUUUUAAAGAUGCGCCUUUUUGAUGGAGGCAGAAAACCCUGCAAGCGAAUUUCUUUGUUUGUACGAGUUCACCAAAAUAGUUCCGCAACGAUUCUAUUGUAACAUUCGCCUUAGUAUACAAAUAGAGUUGUUCCGAUGUGUAACACAUAUUAUAUCGAUAAAACUACUUUUAUGAAAUAUUUACAAUACAUACAUUUAUAGCAAUAAUAACUUUUACAUAACAGAUUAAUUUUAUACUUUUGCACUAUAAUCGACAUAGGCAACGAAAAGCCUUUUAUAACAGACUAUUUUCUCACAAACUAUAAAAAAUAAACAGUAUUUACUCGAUUCACAAUAGUAUAACUUUAAAAAUACGCAAAUGCAAGUAAUUUUAGGUGUUAUUAGUCCUCAGAAUGAUAGCUUGACUUGUAUCGACAUAGUGUUCAAAAUAUCUGUGACAAUGUAGGCAAGAUUACAUAGUAUGUUAGCAAAAUAUAUAUACCGGUAUAGUUAAAUUACCGUUGCUGUAAUAAUAGCGGUAGCCGUUGAAAUAGCGAAAUGUUGCUACGUGUAUUGUUUAACCUGGUUUUCCGAAAUCAAAAUGAUUGUGUGAGUCCUUCAGAAACAACUGAAGCAUUGAAUGAGUGUUUAUGAACUAAAUAAAUUGAUUUAGUUUAUUCCAUUCAGAAAAAGUUUGAGGACUGGAGAUAAUAAUAUAUCAUACGUACCUAUAAACUUGACACCCAUUUUAUGUUUUAGUGUGUCUUUACUUCAAACAUGUUGAUUAUCUAUCACACGAAAUGUCAUUCAAUUCAUUUGAUUGAAACGGACAAACCGGGUAUUAGUGAUUGGUAAAUUAUAGACUAUUAAUGCACCAAUAUGUUAGCGAAUUUGAUAUAAAUAUUAAUAGCUUUUAAGGUGUUUUGGAAAUUAUGCUUCCUUGUUGUAAAACUCUUCGUACUCUUGAUUAUGUCUUACACGCAUUGCCUAUUAUUAAUAAUUCGAUUUUAUAUCGAUGUACACUUUAUCGACUCUUUGUCAACCCUAUUACAUAUUUGUUAACUUUGAUAACAUAAAAUAGUUAUAAGUGCCCACUAGUUGGCGCUACUGGCGAGUGACAAAACUUGUUCAUCUGAUUUAUUUUUUUAAAUAUAAAAGGCAAUCCGUAUAAGAUGAUCCCUUUUUAAGCACUUUCAAAUUACGAAGCAAUAGAAUCGAUUCCGAGAUCUUUUUCUCAGUUUUUGGGUUUAUUUCUUUUAUUUAAACGUAAUAGAAAUUUCAAUGCCAACAAAAUAACAUAAUUUUACUUUAAUAUCACAACGAUAAAACUUUCCAAAAAAAUCCUUUUUAUAGUCCUUUUUUGUUUAAAAUGUGAAAAUUUCGGAAUUGAUAAACUACUACCUACCUUAUAUUAAGCACGUUAUACAAUACUCUUUUCUAAUCAAAUUCUUACUUUUUUAUAUUUCUAUCGACUUACAUUGUAAACAGUUACUAAUGCUAAUUAAUAAAAGUGAGAGUUAAAUAGUAUCUAGCGAUUAGAUUAAUAUAGGAAAGUUAAAGCCGGUAUUAUUGAGUAUUAAUGUUAUAUAUGCCAGUUAGAGCGAGUAUAAUUCAUGUAAAAUAGUUUUCAAUAGAUAAAUUGUAGACUUGUUUAAAAAUGCAAAAUGCUUAGCGAAACCAAAUAGUUGAAUUCGUAAAACAUAAUUUUGGCGUAAUAACUGAAGUCUGUGGAGUUUAUUUUAUAAUUAUCAAAGAUAUUCCAAGAGUGAAAUAAAAUAUUAGAUAGAUUCUAAUUUUCAUACGAAAUAUACUGAAAAUGAGAUACUCCGCCGUUACUUAAAAACUUAAUUUCUCGAAAGUUUACAUACGAACUUUGUCAUAUUUUAUUCCACUCUCAAAAUUAUUUUGGGUGAUUAUAAAAUGGCUGUAUAAACUGCGCGCGCGCGGCCCCAUAAGGCCGAACUAAAACGUUACUCGCCUACUUAUUUUAUUCAAAAUUUAUAUAAUUUUAACUUAUUAUCUGAGACAAUUAUUACACUGCACAACAGCAUUUCUGAUGAUUGGGUUAUGUUACAUGAUAUUAGUCCAAUUUUUAAUGACAAUUUCAAAUCUGUGAUUGAAAUAUCUGUAUCAGCUCUGGUUAAAAAAAUAUGACACUUGGGUCUUUUUGUAAAAAAACACUCUUUUUUUAGAGAUGAUCCUAUUUUAUGAAGUUGUUAAGUUGAAAAAACUUUCUUUUAUUUGACUUCCUUGCUGAUGCUGAAGGCAGACAGCUCUUCUGAAUGAUUCAACAGCAGUCAGCCAUCAUGUGUGCAUUCCAGUGGCCCUGAUAGCGUCCCUCUAUCGUACGAAGGCCCUGGUGGAUUUGCUCGCCAUGUUCUUCACUUAGAUCCUUAAGAGUUGUGAUAAAAUUGUUCAGGUGAUUGCGAAGAGAGUGUAAUUCGAUGUUUAUAUUACAUCCAACCAAAAAAACAUGUUUGUAAGUGACUCAUACGUUGUUCAAUGUGUAAGAAUAGUAAGAUUUUUUCGGAUUUUCCAAAAAAAAAUUAAAAUGCCAAAAUAACUCAUUCCAUGUCUUUUCGGAAGACUUGAAGAUCCUAAAUCUCUAAAACGAUCGUUUAAACCAUCUUGGCUACAUGGUUUUGAAAAUUUCGGGUCACAUUCAAAGUCUCUACCACACUGACAGUUUUCGCCUCAAAAUCCUCAUGUGAAGUAUCAACAUGAGGUUCAGGUGACUUCUUAGGGUUGAAAAGAAGUCUACAUGCCAAACGUAUGCAAGGAAUUACUAUUUAGUUCAAUAUUUUUUGGUUAAUACCAUUUUUGUUCAAAAAUAAAAAUAACAGUCGUCGCGAAGGUUCAAGGGUUCUUUUCAGAUCAUAGCGGUUUCGUACCUAAAUCUACACAUAUUCUUAUUUGUUUAUAAACGUAAAAACUCAACGCAUCUUUUCCACGCCUUUUGCGGAAUUCAAGGCUUAUCUUUCAUUUCCACUAGGUCCACAAACUAAUUUUUUUAAGCCAAUUUUACGAACUUUGUCACAUUUAAACGGAUUAUUUAAACAUAUCCUCUCCGCAAAUGAAACAAAAUUGAUUUAGAUAAUUCACACAAACACUUCUUAAUGCUACCAUAUUAAAUUAUACAAAGAAAACAUAGUAUUUUUUGAACUGUCGGCGAAUUAAGACUGAAAUUUAGCAAUUUUUGAGUGAAAGCUAUAACACGUAAACAAGAGCUGCUACGAAAAAAUGGACGGCAGAUUCAGAAUCAGCGACGUCAAAUUAGUAAACAUCAUGUAAUGAAAGUCAAUCAUCAGCCAAAAGUUGCAAUUUUGUUGUGCAGUGUUAUUUACCGUUUUUAGAAAUGUUAAAGAAAAUAAUGUAAAAUUAUCAUAAUUAGGCAUUAAUUUACUUGUAUUUAUUUAUGUACUUACUUACGAAAUUGACCUAAAUCUGUAUGUUUCCCUGAUUUUAUGAGAAAUUCACAAACUAGAUCAUGGAAAAGAGUACCUAAAUAUUUGAAGUUACAAUAAUUUUAUUUACAUUAAAUAAUAUAAUGCUAUUAUUAU